UGGUGGUGGGGCUGCAUGGAAAACAGGCUGUGCUUUGUGGGAUCACUGCCCACCAGACAAGAAGAAGAAGGAAAAGCAGCAAUACACUUUUGGGCAGUCCCACGCUCAAGACCCUUCCCAGCCUUGGAGUUCCUCAUUGCAAGCCUGAAGCAGAUGAGGAAAGAGGCUGGUAAGUGCAGAACCACCAAUGGAGAUGUAUCCAGCUCAUCCCAGGACCCUCAGCCCUUUAAGAUGGGACAUGGCUCUGUUCCCAAGCCCAGGAGUGGUGCUCAGCAUGCUUCAGGUAAGCAUUAUGAGGAAGAAGAGGAGGAUGCUCUGCCUGACUCAGAUGCCCUGCCAGACUCAGAUGACGAGGUGGAAUUGGAUAAGCCGCGCCCCAUACAGAUUGUCCUUGCUCACGAAGAUGACCAUAACUUUGAAUUAGAUGAAGCAGCAUUGGAAAAGAUCUUGCUUCAGGAACACAUUAAAGAUCUUAACAUAGUAGUUGUGUCUGUAGCAGGAGCUUUCCGCAAAGGAAAAUCUUUUCUGCUGGACUUCAUGCUUAGAUACAUGUAUAACAGGACUUCUCCUUGCUGGAUAGGUGGAAACAAUGAGCCAUUGACUGGGUUUACAUGGAGAGGUGGAUGUGAACGGGAAACCACUGGCAUUCAGAUUUGGAGUGAAGUGUUUGUAAUUGAUAAACCUAAUGGAACAAAGGUUGCUGUACUACUCAUGGAUACCCAAGGUGCCUUUGAUAGCCAAUCCACUAUCAAAGACUGUGCAACGGUUUUUGCUCUGAGCACCAUGACAAGUUCUGUCCAGGUAUAUAACUUGUCUCAGAAUAUUCAGGAAGAUGACCUUCAACAUUUGCAGUUGUUUACAGAAUAUGGAAGACUAGCUAUGGAAGAAAUUUACCAAAAGCCGUUUCAGACAUUAAUGUUCUUAAUUAGAGAUUGGAGUUAUCCUUAUGAACAUGCAUAUGGCUUGGAAGGAGGAAAAAAAUUCCUAGAGAAAAGAUUGCAGGUAAAGCAAAACCAACACGAAGAGCUACAGAAUGUAAGGAAGCAUAUUCACUCCUGUUUCAGUAAUCUUGGGUGUUUCCUGUUGCCCCACCCUGGUCUUAAAGUUGCAACAAAUCCAAAUUUUGAUGGGAGAUUGAAUGAUAUAGAUGAGGAAUUUAAGAAUGAACUGCGGAAUCUGGUACCAUUACUGCUUGCCCCUGAAAACUUGGUAGAAAAAGAGAUUAGUGGAUCCAAGGUCACCUGUAGAGAUCUUGUAGAAUACUUCAAGGCUUACAUUAAAAUCUAUCAAGGAGAGGAGCUACCUCAUCCGAAAUCUAUGCUACAGGCAACGGCUGAGGCGAACAAUCUUGCUGCUGUGGCAGGAGCGAAAGACUUGUACAGUAAAGGCAUGGAGCAGAUUUGUGGGGGAGAUAAGCCUUACAUUGCCCCAUCGGACCUCGAGCGGAAGCACCAGGAUUUCAGAGAGACUGCUAUCAGGCAGUUCCGCUCCGUGAAGAAGAUGGGAGGGGAGGAGUUCUGUCGGCGCUACCAGGAACAACUUGAAGUGGAAAUCGAUGAGAUCUAUGCAAACUUUGUGAAGCACAACGAUGGCAAAAACAUCUUUUAUGCUGCUCGUACCCCUGCCACUCUAUUUGCAGUCAUGUUUGCCAUGUAUAUAAUCUCAGGACUGACUGGGUUCCUCGGUAUGAACUCCAUAGCUACCCUGUGUAAUCUCGUGCUGGGGAUGGCUCUUAUAUCGUUUUGUACGUGGGCAUACGUUAAGUACUCUGGGGAAUUCAGAGAAGUUGGAACAGCCAUCGAUCAGAUUGCUGAAGCUAUAUGGGAACAGGUGUUGAAGCCCAUGAGUGAUAAUUUGAUGGAGGAUCAUAUGAGACAGUCUGUAAAAAACUCUAUCAAAGCAGGCCUGACCGAGCAGGUGGCUCACCAUGCCAGACUAAAGACAGACUGACAGUUCGUCUCCUCUUCAACUCUACCCUCUCAUCCUAGACAUGCUUGCUGUACCAUGAGAACUCAAUAAUAAAAAAUAAAUAAAAAUAAACCAAAGUUUACAAUCAACUGUAGAAGUAGUUUAGUGUGAUUGGCUUCACAGAUUGCUGCCAUCACCAGGGAAGAGUAAGUUUGUCAGUGCUCAGCUUCUCAGACAAACUGGUGCCGUGGAGGCCGCCGGGGGUGGGAGGGAGGGUGUCAGUUUUACAUAUAGGCCCGGUGAACUGUGUAUGUGUGUGUUUGGGGGUGAGGAAGAGGGGAUCUUCCCCCAGUGUUUUGAGUCUACGCAGUCUCUGGCUUACAGGGGGAAUCUGUCCUCUGCAGGAGCUGAUUUCAGGGAAGUGUCGUGAUCAGACCCACACAAGGUGUGCUCUCACCAAAUGUACCCAGCUCUGCACCAUCCCCUCGCCACCUCUACAAGUGUUUCUGUGUAUCCAGUCGGUGGAGCCAUUAGAGCACCCACUACAUUACAAUACAUAUCUUGCUUUAUUGCCUUUUAUACCAGUGUUACACAGAUGCAUGUGUUGAUUCCUCACGCUGCUGAUGGCAGGAUUGGUGUGUAAGGGAGGCAGUGGGUCAGAGCAGAGCAUGUCUUGCCUUGAACUCGCAGACCUGGUCCCGAGGGAGGUGCAUAUUGGAACUGAGCUGUCUUUUUCUGCAGUUUAGCCUUCAUGUAUAUAAUAUUGCCAUUAAUUCUACUGGGGGAGAAAUUCCAUCCAAAAAUGUUGCCUACAGCUACCAAGCAAUGAGUUAGGAUUGUCUGUACAGUGUGUUUAGUUUUUAUUUUUUAAGAAAUCACAGAUAGGGCAUGUAUAUGAAAUAUAAAUAUAUAAAUACAAUUUUGUAUCAAAGUUUUGUAGUUUAUGGCAAAACCUGGUUCUGUGGUAGCUAAGUGCAGUUCCUGUAAAGGAAUGUUUGUGGCUCAUGUAAAUGUGUGAAUGCAUCAACAAUUUGAAGUUUUUUGAUAUAUUUGUGAUAUUUACCUGCCUUGAGCACUGCAAUCUCUCACCCCCUUGGGAAAAUCAGUGGGAAUGUUUGUUGUGAAACUCUUGUCUUCUGUUGCAUUUUAAAGUUAUUUCCUGUAAUUUAUUUUCAGUACAUGAUUAAAAUCAGUUGUGUAUAUAUGAAAUGAAA